AUGCCACAAACUCUGAGACCGCUCGACUACGGGUGCACGGAUUGGCGGAUCAGUAGCCAAAUAGCCGCAGAUCUGUACAGUUCUGGUACCAGGCUUUGGACAAAAGAAGUUCUCGAAGACAUAGAACAACAAUUGCGCCAAUCCUAUGCGAUGGAGCGAUUUUCAGUCCGUCGAAUCGAUGGAAGCAUAAUCCAAAUUUCCAAUCCCAUGUUCCAAGUAACAAAUCCUAUCUGGAAACCUCAUGUCAAGUACCAAGAAUAUUGGCAACUUGUGAAAGCACAACCCAACGGUCCAAUUGAAACUUACCUGUGCUCAUACAUUGUGGAUUGGAGCAAUCAGACAGCACGAAACUUCCGAGAGCUUCUAGCACAACCUAUGCAAGUCUUUGACGAGAAACAAUUGUUGUGGCAAAAUAGCAAGACCUGCAAGCUCUUGGCAGCAUUGGUCCAAGAUAUACUCGGUACAAACACUGUGAAGAAAGUUCUCUGCUUCGGGCUCGGUGAUUUUUGCCGCUCCGCGCCUGAAUGGCUAAAAAGGCAGCACGGCUCUUGGGAUGAGGACUCUGAGGUAAAAAAUGUCAUGGGUAGCAUGAUUCAGCAUUCGAUGGCUCUCACUAUCGCUCAACUUUGUUGUGGCAAUAAAAAAUUGCCAUUACUUGCACAGGACCCAGAUUAUACAGAGGUCGCGGAAGAGAUCCUAACUAAGAAGGAGUUCAAAAUUGUUGGAACUCACGGUGCAGGAGGAUUCGCUGAAAUUGACGAGGAAUCGAUCAUAAUAUCACCCUUUGCUGCCGCCCCAGUCAAGCAGAUUAUCGCCGAUCUUGCUCGGCCUGCGCUCAUAAUUUCCACUGGCUUUGAAGUCUUCAAUGGCAAUGAAAAACCAUUGGCAGAUGCUGAAUCUCCGAGAACAAGGCAAAUGUGGGUGGGUUAUGACGCCUAUAGCCUUCCAAGCCAUUCUGAUGACGUUGAAAUAUGCUCUGCGCUGAAGGGACUACAUUUGUAUUGUAGGCGCCAACAAACUCCGAAUGCGCAAGGGGCCUGA